ACUUUGCGCAUGCGCGUUACAGGUCCGGGGCUCUAGUCGGAGCCAGAGGGUCGGAGCUUGCUAGCUUAGCACUCAAAAUGGACGUCUUUCUAAUGAUCCGGCGUCAGAAGACUACCAUCUUCACGGACGCCAAGGAGUCGACCACCGUGUACGAGUUGAAACGUAUCGUGGAGGGCAUUCUGAAGAGGGCCCCAGAGGACCAGCGCCUCUACAAAGACGAGCAGCUGUUGGAGGACAGCAAGUCUCUGGGAGACUGUGGCUUCACCAGUCAGACGGCCCGACCCCAAGCCCCCGGUACCGUUGGCCUGGCCUUCCGCAUCACCGACGAGAUGUUCGAGGCGCUCCAGAUGGAGAGCUUCUCCAGCCCUCCAGAGCUACCCGACGUCAUGAAGCCACAGGACUCCAGCAGCACGGCCAGCGAGCAGACCGUCCAGUGAGGGCUGGAGGGAGGGAGGGAGGGAGGGUGGGGGUGUGAGUCGUUAUAUCAGUUAAAUCACAGGACAGCAUCGGGGAGAGGGCACUUUUAGAUGACCCAAUCGGUGCCCUGCUCCUCCUCCUCCUGGUACCUCCAACCCUCCCCCUGCCCCCUCUCGCCUCUCGCCCUCUCUCCCCCGCACAUCACUUCCGGUUAGCCUUCUCAGCCUGUCAGCUCCUUUAGCCCGGCUAGCAUGCCCACCCACAUUACCUUUAUUAUCAUGUUGAUGUAUUCAGGAGGCGGUUGGCGGUAUCUGUCCUUCUAGUUUGCUCGAGGGGGAAGGUACCUAUCUCGCUACUUUACUAGAGAGGGAAGGUACCUAUCUUACUAGUGAACUAGUGGGGGAAGGUACCUAUCUUACUAGUGAACUAGAGGGGGAAGGUACCUAUCUUACUAGUGAACUAGAGGGGGACGGUGCCCAUCUUAUUAGUGAACUAGAGAGAAGGUACCCAUCUUACUAGUGAAAUAGUCGGGGACGGUACCUAUCUUGCUAGUGAAAUAUAAGUUUAAGUUACAACUUAGAAGCCUAUCUUUCUAAUGACUCAAGGGUGGAGGUUCCCAUGUUCCUAGUGAACUCGUUUAUCUUCAAAUUCAGUAGAAGAUAGAUAUCUUCCCAGUGAGCUAGAGAUUGAAGGUACCUCUCUUCCCAGUGAGCUAAAGAUUGAAGUAUCUUUCUUCCUACUGCACUGGACCUUGAAGGUACCUGUUUCUUGUGGACUAGAGCUUGAACGUACCUGUUUUAAUAGUGAUCCUACAGCACCCGACCAGUCUGGUCGGGUGUAGGACCACUAGGAAAAGAGAGCGAACUUUCCAUCCCAACCUUCAAUUUUGCCAAGCGUGACGGUCUGACCUGGACAGGAGGCCAGACGUCUCCCUCCUCAACACUGUAAAUGCUGUUUAGUUUUAUUUAAAGCUCCUGUGCUGUCAUGUCUCUAGUGUGACCCAAGCUCUGUCAUGUCGUGUAUUAAGAGCCUUUUUUGAGGAAUCAUAGCACUGAGAGCUAGGUGGGCCGUUCCAUGAACCAGGGGUCCAGUUUCAGAGUCUGUUGAUUCAACAGGUCUGAAGAACGACCAGGAUGAUUAACUCGCGUCUUGUCACCACACCAUGCGUGGCACAUGUACACCUCACCAGCCCGCCCUCCCCCCAUUCACAAUAUGAACAUAGCUUGUAACUGUGAGCUCAAAUAAAGUUUUUUCUUUCUUUU